AUAUAUGUUGGCUGGUUAUCUCAUGAUCCUUUAUAUACCGCCUCUACCGCCCCAAAUUCCUGCUUUCUUAUUCACGAGUAGUCAUCCGAAUCUACCCUCCUGAAGCCCAUUGACCCAGUUGUCGAGCAGUAAAUACCCUCCGUGAUCUCGACCAUCGAUCGAUUAACUCGUACUUUCCAAUACUCCCAAAAUGGUUCGCAAUCUUGGAUUCCUUUUAACCGGUCUGGCUACUACAUUGUUCGCAUCCCCUGUUUACAGCGUAGCACCACCGGCAUUUCUACUCGCCGGUGAUUCAACAACGGCCAUUCAAAAUGCAGGUUUGACAGGUGGUGGAUGGGGUAAUGGUUUUCUAGCUACACUUCGCAAUGGAGCUGGAGGUAUCAAUUAUGGACACAAUGGUGCAACGACUGUAAGCUUCGUCAAUGGUGGCGAUUGGGCAAAAGUAUUGGCAUCUGUAGCAAAGUAUAAGGCAGACUAUACAACUUUUGUUACAAUUCAAUUUGGUCACAAUGAUCAAAAGGCAACAGCAAACAUCUCAGUUGCGGAGUACAUGACCAAUUUGAAGAACAUGGCGGAGGAUGUAGUAGCGGCUGGUGGAACUCCAAUCCUCGUCACUUCUCUGACCCGUCGAAGCUUCAAUAGUUCAGGUCUUGCUAAAGAAGAUCUUGCCGUACAAGCCAAUGCUACCAUAGCCGUUGCUAAAUCGAUCGGAUCCUUAUACAUAGAUCUUAACCGCGCAUCCACAGACUAUGUCGAUGCUAUUGGGGCGACCGAUGCUGCGACGUAUAACUUGACACCAACGGAUUUCACACACAUUAAUGCUGCCGGAAGUGUUUUGUUCGGAAACAUUGUCAGUGGAUUGAUCGAUGUUGCCGUGGGCAAGUCAUUGGGUUUCGAUAUUGAGACUUAUACCACGCCAAAUGCGACAAUUGCAAAGGAUGUUGCCAGUGGGACUUAUAUAUUCCCGAGUGGAUUUGGAACUCUACCAAACAACACCCUUCCAGCAUAGGAUUCUCGUAUGAUGAAAUAACGUUUUGGGAAUUGUGUAUGCUUUGAGAUUUCUUUUCUGGAAACUGUAUAUACUACGAUAUGAGAUUUAAUGAAACGGAGAUAAUUAUUUUACUAAAUUGUUUGGUCGUGCCUUUGUUCUCCAAUACAAUCUAAUAUUAGACGAAAAGCUCUUCUGGGAGAUGGAAGAAAUAACGGCGGGCGAUGGUAUUUCAGCCCGGAAG